GUUCUCCUCGCCCGUCUAUAAAUCCGCCCGUGCUUGUUUUGAAGGAUAGACUCCCAGGGGCAUCAAAGAGCACGUGGUAUUUAUAUGAUUCCUCCUGAACGUAUUUUUUUACCUAGGUAUACGAUUCAAUGGGAGAUGGAGUACUAGCCAGAGAAGCAAUGUUCUACCUGUUGAAAAGCUCCCUUAUAAGCAUGAGUGGCGAGGAUGAUGCAGAAGAAUCAGUUAGAGAUAUGAUUGAGGUGAUAACGAAGAAGAUCGAUCUCGACAGAGAUGGAAAAAUCUCGUUCCAGGACUAUAAGCAAACGGUGCUGAAGCAUCCUAUGCUGCUAGAGGUAUUUGGACAAUGCUUGCCAGGUCGGAGAGCCAUCUAUACGUUCUCUUCAACAUUCUUACCGAAUACCGCACUUAAAAUGUAACACGUAAGUCGUACUAUUAAAUACUCGUAAUACACAUA